UUUUUACUUAUUAUUUUACAUAAAAAAAAGAAUAAUUAAGAUUUUGGUGACACAGAAAAAAAAAACCGGAAACCGGGAAUAGUGGUAACUAGGGAGAUGUGAGAUCACCCCUUUUUAUAGUUGUGUUGUUCUGCUUAGGGUUCUUUGUUCUUCCUUCGGUCAGCACUCACACUCACUCUUUCUCUCUCCUCUCUCUUGUUUUGUGAGUUGAAGGUAGAGCAGGUUUCGAAAGCAACCCUAAGUUUUUUUGCGUUAUGGAUUCGCAUGAGGAAACUGAGAAUGGAAACGGCAACAGGAAUGGAUCAGCAGAAGCUUUGCCUCCGCCUCCACCCCCUCCAACUGAAAUUCCUCCUGAUGUUGUACCAAUUAAGGCAGAACCAGAUCCACCAAAGAAGAAGCGUGUCCCUAUGGCUAGACGUGGCAGUGGGACCAAAGGGCAGAAGGUUCAGCUGCUGAGUAAUCACUUCAAAGUGAAUGUCACUAAUGUAGAUGGCCAUUUCUACCACUACAGUGUCAACCUCAUGUAUGAAGAUGGUCGCCCUGUUGAGGGAAAGGGCGUAGGAAGAAAAGUUCUUGACAGGGUGCAAGAUACAUAUGACACUGAGUUGGCUGGCAAACAUUUCGCCUAUGAUGGUGAAAAGAGUUUGUUCACUGUUGGGCCACUCCCUGGUAACAAGCUGGAAUUUACUGUUCUUCUGGAGGAAGUCACUUCAGCUAGGAAUAAUGGUAAUGCUAGUCCUGAGGGACGUGCAAGUCCUAAUGAAAGUGACCGGAAGAGAGUACGGCGCCCGUUCCAGUCUAAAACCUUCAAAGUUGAACUCAGCUUUGCUGCCAAGAUCCCGAUGCAGGCCAUUACAAAUGUGAUUCGUGGUCAGGAAAAUGAGAACAGUAUGGAAGCCCUUAGGGUUCUUGAUAUAAUCUUGAGGCAGCAUGCUGCUAAACAGGGCUGUUUGCUCGUUCGGCAGUCCUUCUUCCAUAAUGAUCCAAAAAACUUUGCUGAUGUUGGCGGCGGUGUCUUGGGUUGCCGGGGAUUUCAUUCCAGCUUUAGGGGAACACAGUCUGGCUUGUCUCUUAACAUAGAUGUUUCCACUACUAUGAUUGUGCAACCUGGACCAGUGGUGGAUUUCUUGAUUGCUAAUCAGAAUGUUAGAGAUCCUUACUCCAUUGACUGGAACAAGGCAAAAAGAAUGCUGAAGAAUUUGAGGAUUAAGACUACUACUUCAAACCAGGAAUUCAAGAUAACCGGUUUGAGUGAGAAGCCGUGCAGAGAGCAAACAUUUUCAUUGAAGCAACGUAACAGAGAUGAAAAUGGUGAACCUGAAGCUGUGGAAGUUACAGUUUAUGAUUACUUUGUCAACAACCGCAAUGUAGAGCUGCGCUACUCUGCUGACUUGCCAUGCAUCAACGUUGGAAAGCCUAAACGACCGACUUUCUUUCCAUUGGAGCUUUGUUCUUUGGUGUCACUUCAGCGGUACACUAAAUCUUUAUCUGGGCUUCAGCGGGCAUCAUUGGUGGAGAAAUCUAGGCAAAAGCCCCAGGAGAGAAUGAGUGUGCUCUCUCAUGCUCUGAAGGUCAGUAAUUAUGAUGCUGAACCUAUGCUCAAAUCUUGUGGCAUUUCAAUCAGUAGUGCUUUCACCCAGAUUAAUGGCCGUGUUCUUCCUGCUCCCAAGUUGAAAUGUGGAAAUGGAGACGAUUUUUUCCCUCGUAAUGGGCGGUGGAAUUUCAACAACAAGCAACUUGUAGAGCCUACUAAGAUAGAGCGCUGGGCAGUUGUGAACUUCUCUGCUCGAUGUGAUACCAGAAGCCUUGUUAGGGAUCUUCAAAAAUGUGCUGGGAUGAAAGGCAUUGGUAUUGAGGCACCAUUUGAUGUCUUUGAGGAGAGCCCACAAAACAGACGUGCACCACCACUUGUACGAGUGGAGAAAAUGUUUGAGGAUGUGCAAUCAAAACUUCCUGGGGCUCCUAAAUUCCUGCUAUGCCUUCUUCCGGAGAGAAAGAACUGUGAAGUUUAUGGUCCUUGGAAGAAGAAGUGUUUGGCAGAUUUUGGAAUUGUUACACAAUGCAUGGCUCCUAUUAGAGUUAAUGAUCAGUAUCUUACAAAUUUGCUUUUGAAGAUAAAUGCCAAGCUUGGUGGGCUGAACUCCAUGUUGGCUGUUGAGCAUACACCAUCAAUACCGCUUGUUUCCAAAGUUCCCACGAUAAUUCUUGGGAUGGAUGUAUCACAUGGAUCACCAGGGCAUUCUGAUGUGCCAUCCAUUGCUGCUGUUGUUAGCUCCAGACAGUGGCCGUUGAUUUCACGAUAUAGGGCAUCAGUAAGAACACAGUCUCCAAAGGUUGAAAUGAUUGACAACUUGUUCAAACCUGUGUCUGACACUGAAGAUGAUGGAAUAAUGAGGGAGGCUCUGCUUGAUUUUUAUGUCAGUUCUGGGAAAAGAAAGCCCGAACAUAUAAUUAUAUUUAGGGACGGAGUUAGUGAGUCCCAAUUCAACCAAGUAUUGAACAUUGAGCUGGACAAAAUCAUUGAGUCGUGCAAAUUCCUGGACGAGAAAUGGAACCCAAAGUUUGUUGUGAUUGUGGCUCAGAAGAAUCAUCACACCAAAUUUUUCCAGAAUAAUGCUCCUGAGAAUGUUCCUCCAGGGACUAUUAUAGAUAACAACGUUUGCCAUCCAAGAACCUAUGACUUUUACCUCUGUGCACAUGCGGGAAUGAUUGGUACAACCAGGCCUACCCACUAUCACGUCCUGCUGGACGAGGUGGGUUUUUCUCCUGACGAUUUGCAGGAGCUUGUUCAUUCCCUCUCAUAUGUGUACCAAAGGAGCACCACUGCAAUAUCAGUAGUUGCCCCAGUUUGCUAUGCCCACUUAGCUGCCACUCAAAUGUCACAGUGGAUGAAGUUUGAAGAUACUUCAGAGACUUCUUCAAGCCAUGGUGGGGUGACUUCGGCUGGUUCUGUCCCUGUUCCUCAGCUACCCAGGCUUCAGGAAGGUGUUGCAAGCUCCAUGUUCUUCUGCUGAGAAGCUGCCAGCCCUCCUCUUGGUUUUCUAUCCUUGUAAAUAUUUAGGAUAAGCAGUAGCUUUUGCACUCUGGUUUGUUAAAAGUGAUUUGACACUGGUAUGACAUGAUAUGCUGCUUUUGUAUAAAUGGUAGCUCCAGACAGUACUCAGUAGUAGUAUGCAUGUGUAGGUUUGUGUUACCCCAGCGGAGUUGUUUGAAUCCCUUUUGCUGGUAUUGCCUCUUUUCUGGGUGAUUUUAGACUAGCUCAACUUCCGCUGGGUUGCUGUAGCCUAUACUACAUGUUAUUUUUCUUUAAACUAAGUCAGUUUGCCUGUUGUUGGUUUAGUGUGCCAACUAUUUAUCUACCAGUCUGUUGAUCA